CGCGGCUGGGGGCGCGGAGGGGUGCGGGCUGGUUGGUGUGCAAGCAGGCGGGGGCGGAGCGCACUGUCGCGCCGCGGCCCUGCGGACUUUGCUCCCGGGGACAGUCGGGGACGCCGCGACGGAGAGCCGCUUGGGGCUGCACUGGGAUAACUCAGGACUCUCCUCCCGCCCUUUCCAGCCAGAAGAAUUUACCACGUGUCUGCACAGCUUUAAGAAAAAGGGCUUUAAAAAACCUAAAGUCUGCAGUGUGUGCAGACAGAUCAUUGAUGGUCAAGGGAUUGUGUGUCGAGCCUGCAAGUAUUCCUGCCACAAGAAAUGUGAAGCCCAGGUGGUGAUUCCCUGCUGUGCGCAAGUCCACCCGGAGCAGGCUCCUGGGACUCCUAGACCAUCUGCUUCUCUCUGCUGUGACAAGCCCUCAAGGGCCCUGGUCUUGAGCCCAGCCAUGGAAGACAGCCAUGAACUGGACCUCACCUAUGUCACGGAGCGCAUCAUCGCAGUGUCCUUCCCCGCUGGCUGCUCAGAGGAGUCCUACCUGCAUAGCCUGCAGGAGGUCACACGCAUGCUCAAGUCCAAGCAUGGGGACAACUACCUGGUAUUAAACCUUUCAGAGAAGAGAUAUGAUCUUACAAAGCUUAAUCCAAAGAUCAUGGAUGUAGGCUGGCCAGAGCUGCAUGCACCACCUCUUGAUAAGAUGUGCACCAUUUGCAAGGCCCAGGAGUCCUGGCUGAACAGCGACCCCCAGCACGUGGUUGUCAUCCACUGCAGAGGCGGGAAAGGACGCAUUGGAGUGGUCAUAUCAUCCUACAUGCAUUUCACCAAUGUCUCGGCCAGUGCUGACCAGGCCCUGGAUAGAUUUGCAAUGAAGAAGUUUUAUGAUGACAAAGUUUCAGCUUUAAUGCAGCCUUCCCAGAAGCGGUACGUGCAGUUCCUCAGUGGCUUGCUGUCCGGAGCCGUGAAGAUGAAUGCCUCACCCCUGUUCCUGCACUUCGUGAUCCUGCAUGGUGCCCCCAGCUUUGACACUGGAGGAGCGUGCCGACCCUUUCUGAAGCUCUACCAAGCCAUGCAGCCUGUGUACACGUCUGGGAUCUACAAUGUUGGUCCAGAAAACCCCAGCAAGAUCUGCAUUGCCAUAGAGCCGGCCCAGCUGCUGAAGGGGGACAUCAUGGUGAAAUGCUACCAUAAAAAGUUCCGCUCGGCCACCCGCGAUGUCAUUUUCCGCCUGCAGUUCCACACAGGUGCUGUGCAGGGCUACGGGCUCCUGUUUGGGAAAGAAGAGCUGGACAAUGCCUGCAAAGAUGACCGUUUUCCUGACUAUGGCAAGAUCGAGUUGGUCUUCUCUGCUACUCCUGAGAAGCUUCAAGGAUCAGAGCAUCUUUACAGUGACCAGGGAGUGAUUGUGGACUACAACACAGCAGACCCGCUGAUCCGCUGGGACUCUUAUGAGAACCUGAGUGCAGAUGGAGAAGUGCUACACACACAGGGCCCAGUGGACGGCAGCCUUUAUGCAAAGGUGAGGAAGAAGAGCUCCUCAGAUCCUGGCAUCCCUAGCAGUUCUCAGGGCAUGCCAGCUACCAGCAGUCCAGACCACGGUGACCACACCCUGUCAGUCAGCAGCGACUCCGGUCACUCUACCGCCUCAGCCAGGACUGAUAAAACAGAAGAGCGCCCAACCCCAGGAGUACACAGGGGCCUGAGCCCUCAGGAGAAGGCUGAAUUGGAUCAGCUGCUCAGUGGAUUUGGCCUGGAAGAUUCUGGGAGCUCCCACAAGGACAUGACUGAUGUACAGAGCAAGUACAGUGGGACGCGCCAUGUGGUGCCAGCCCAGGUCCAUGUGAAUGGAGAUGCUGCCCUAAAGGACCGGGAGACUGACAUUCUGGAUGAUGAGAUGCCUCACCAUGACCUGCACAGCGUGGACAGCCUGGGCACGCUCUCCUCCUCUGAAGGGCCACAGUCAGCCCACCUGGGCCCCUUCAUCUGCCACAAGAGCAGCCAGAACUCUCUCCUGUCUGACGGCUUUGGCAACAGUGUGGGUGACGAUCCUCAUAGUGCCCUUUCUCCGGACCUGGGCCUUGGUGUGGACUCUCUCUAUGAGCGGGAGCGUGUGUGUGGAGGUCGUGAGCCAAAGCAGCCUCUGCUGAGGAAGCCCUCUGGGUCCACCCCCAUGCAGGCCUAUGGACAGAGCAGCUAUUCCACUCAGACCUGGGUGCGACAGCAACAGAUGGUGGCCGCUCACCAGUACAGCUUUGCCACAGAUGGGGACACCAGGUUGGGUGGCCGCAGUGCAGUGGACAGUGCUGGCCUUGUCCAGCCCCAGCCUCAGCCCCGCAUCCCAAUCACUCCCACUCGUGGGACCAGCAGCAGAGUGGCUGUCCAGAGAGGUAUCAGCAAUGGGCCAAGUCCUGCUGACACACAGCAGCCAUGUCCUGCUAAAGGACUCCAGCCCAGAUUUCCAGAUGACAAAGUCAUGAAUGGAGCCCAUCUGGAGCUGAGCACCAGUCCCUCCCCAGGCUCCCCUACUUUGGAUAUUGACCAGUCCAUCGAGCAACUUAACAGGCUGAUCUUGGAGCUGGAUCCCACCUUUGAGCCCAUCCCCACGCACAUGAACGCCCUGGGUGUCUUGGCCAAUGGCCCGUUAUGUCAAGAUGGUAUGGGAGGUGGGCUCCGGUCUGGUGGCAGGCUGGUUGACCCCACAGAGGUCCCUGGCAGGAGCCCUGGACGGCAAGGUGAUGAACCCCUGGGCGGAAGGCUCCGAAAGCUGAGCCUCGGACAGUAUGACAAUGAUGCUGGGAGCCAGCUGUCCUUCUCCAAGUGUGGAUGGGGAAAGGCCAGUGUAGACCCAGCUCCAAGCUUGGGGCCAUUCCCCUUGCCAACAGAGGUCAAAGAGACAGUGAUCACUUCGUAUCCCCCUGACCUUGAUGUGCUCGAUGGCAGAAUUUCAAACAGCAAGGAGGCCAUGUGUCUGACCCCAGCAUUCCCCAUGUCUCCAGAAACUCCUUACGUGAAAACACCCCAACGCUACCCUCCAUUCAGCGCACCUGAGCCCCAACUGAGUACCCCAGCCAGUCUGCACAAAGGAGGAAGAGAACCACGAGACUGUCCUGAGAUUCUCAGCCACACUGUGGGGAUGUCAGAGAGCCCCGUCGGACCCAAACCCGCCAUGCUUCGGACUGAUGCACCGGCAACAUCCAACUUUCAGCAGGCGUUUGCAUCUUCCUGCACGAUUUCAAGCAAUGGGCCUGGGCAGAGGAGAGAGAGCCCACCUUCUGCACAACGCCAGUGGGUAGAGAGCAGCCCCAAAGCCACCCUCUCCCUGCUGGGGAGCAGCUGUCCCUCUGGAAGUCCCCUCGGUACCCACGAGUUCUGCAGCCCUGGCAAGGACUCAUCAGGGAUGUCCUGCUUCCCGUCCUCAGACCUCCAGGCCUCCUUCCACAGCCAUGAUCUGUCCAUGACAGAGCCUCCUAAUGCUAUGCCCACCCCAGGCAGCCAGGCCUUUCUAGGCUUCAGCACUGCCCCAGUAGGGAGUGUCCUCCCACCUAGCGAGGACCCCAGGGCCUUGCUGGUCAAUUUGCAUGGAGCAUCACCAGCCCCUGGAGCCUCACUGACAGCAGCAGGGCCUGCUGACAAUGGCUUCCUGUCCCACAACUUCCUCACGGUGUCUCCUGGACCCAGCAGCCACCACAGUCCAGGCCUGCAAGGCCAGGGGGUAAAUCUGCCUGGACAGCCACCCUUACCUGAGAAGAAGAGAGCCUCAGAGGGAGAUCGUUCUCUAGGAUCAGUCUCCCCUUCAUCCAGUGGCUUUUCCAGCCCCCACAGUGGGAGCACCAUCAGCAUCCCCUUCCCUAAUGUCCUUCCAGACUUCUCCAAGCCUUCUGAAGCUGCCUCAUCUUUGCCAGAUAGCCCAAAUGAUAAACUUGUGAUUGUGAAAUUUGUUCAAGACACUUCCAAGUUCUGGUAUAAGGCGGAUAUCUCAAGAGAACAAGCCAUUGCCAUGUUGAAGGACAAAGAGCCAGGGUCAUUCAUCGUGAGGGACAGUCACUCCUUCCGAGGCGCCUAUGGCUUGGCCAUGAAGGUUGCUACACCUCCUCCUUCUGUCUUACAGCUGAACAAGAAAGCUGGAGAUUUGUCCAAUGAACUUGUCCGUCAUUUUUUGAUCGAGUGUACCCCUAAGGGAGUGCGGUUGAAAGGGUGCUCGAAUGAACCAUAUUUCGGGAGCCUGACGGCUCUGGUGUGUCAGCAUUCCAUCACUCCUUUGGCCUUGCCGUGUAAGCUGCUCAUUCCAGAGAGAGAUCCACUGGAGGAAAUAACAGAAAAUUCUCCCCAGACAGCAGCCAAUUCAGCAGCGGAGCUGUUGAAGCAGGGGGCAGCCUGCAAUGUUUGGUACUUGAACUCUGUGGAAAUGGAAUCCCUCACUGGUCACCAGGCAGUCCAGAAGGCCCUAAACAUGACCCUGGUCCAAGAACCUCCCCCAGUGUCCACAGUGGUACACUUCAAGGUGUCAGCCCAGGGCAUCACUCUGACUGACAAUCAAAGAAAGCUCUUCUUCCGGAGACAUUACCCUGUGAGCAGCGUGAUUUUCUGUGCCUUGGACCCACAAGACAGGACGUGGAUCAAAGAUGGCCCGUCCUCCAAAGUCUUUGGAUUCGUAGCCCGGAAACAGGGCAGUGCCACGGACAAUGUAUGCCACCUGUUUGCAGAGCAUGAUCCUGAACAGCCUGCCAGUGCCAUUGUCAACUUUGUGUCAAAGGUCAUGAUCGGCUCCCCUAAGAAGAUCUAAGUCCCUCAUAGCAAGACUCUCCAGAUGCCUUGCAGGUCCCUCACGAUGGCAAUGGGGUGAGGCGGGGCCCCCAUUUGCACCAAACUGAUAAUCCUGACAUUCCAGGCUCAAGAGAGGAAUAUGGCAACGCUUCCCAAACAAGAGCAAACUGUCACCAUAGACUGGCCUUUCUGUAACUUCUCAUCUGACACAUCUCUGUAGCCAGGCACGUUUUGAGUGGAAGGACAAGGUGGCCCAGAGGAUGCCUACCCAGGGGUCCCAUGGGUAAGGGAUGUGUAAGGAGAGAGCCUAGAAGGCAAAGCGGCCUGAGUCCCUGGCUCACCAGCAUCUGUGUGGAUGAGGAGCACCAGCCUGGUUGACACCGCACUGUUGGCAGAAACACUCCGUCCAGCAGCUUCCUCAUCUUGACUUUUGCACAGGAGACACUGAUGAACCUGAGAAGGGGAUGUAUGGUUGUGAAGGUUUGUGUAGGUCAGGCCAUUUGGAAGGUGGUAGGAACAUAAGCUAGGAGACGGUGGGGACGGGUGUGAAGUUGAGGGCAGUGGAAGUCUCUGGUGUCAGGGAGGAACAUGCAAUGUCAGAGACCCCACUGCCGGUGGUGAGAACUUCAUGUCCAGCUCACAGGUGGCUAGCCAGGCUGUAGAGAGCCCAGGAGGACCCUGCGAGGGAAAACGAGAAGACAGAAACAAAAAAACACCAUUUCUAUAUAAUUUAUAUUUUACUUAUGCCAAAUUAUUUAUAACCGCUUGCCAUUGCCAUACUGUACCCAUGUCAAAUGCUGCAGCCACUGAGCUGUGAUGGCUAAGAGACUUGUCGCUUGUAGGAUAUACUGCAGGCACCUGGUUACUAAAGGAGAAGGUGGAUGGUGGUUUCGGUUGCCACCAUGCUGUCUUCCAUCUGCAGUGCUGCCAAAUGGUAGUUGUGCCUCAAGCAGCCUACCUUGCACGGCGCAGUGACAUGUCUUCUGGAUGUGGAUGACUUCCUUCUUCUUGGGAAUGUCCCGGAGGAAUGGGAGACUAAGGUGCUGCAAUCAGUCUCAGCCUCCUCUGCAGGGCUGGCUGGGUUCUUCUGUAGGUCAGCAUGACCUAAAGCCCAUCUGGCCUUUGUAUGCUGUUACUGUGCUUCUGGUGACACCUGCAGCUUCCUGAUGGGGCCCUAGGUGGGUGAUGAGAGAGAGAGAGAGAGAGAGAGAGAGAGAGAGAGGGGGAAUGAGGAAAAAGAUAAAAAUCCCAGUACUCAGGCUGUGUUUGAUGCCUCUUUGCUAAGGCAUCUUAGCCACUGAGUCGGGAGUUGUUGGUUCACGCUCAGUUGUUCAAGCUAGUGCUUCAGGCUUCCUGUCAGUGGUCAGAGACUUAGGAGAAGUCACUUGGCCUUCCCAGAGUGAAGGUGGAGCAGGAACAGGGCCACAUGAAAACAAAGCUAGGGUCUCCUUUGCUUAGAACUCUGUGCCAUGCAGAGGCUCUGAUUAUCUCCAUCCAAGCCUGCAGUUCCUACUCUCCGUUUUUAAAAGCCCCAUCCCAGCUGACACAUUACAGCUGGCACAGGCUAUGGUUGUCAAGCUGGGUUUGGAAAUCUACUUGGUGGAUUCUCUGUUUCAGAAGGGGCAGAAGAUAUAGCUACCAGUAUAAUUGGAACCAACUGAAUCAUGGUGUGUGUGUGUGUGUGUAUGUGCGUGUAUGUGCGUGUGUGUGUGUGUGUGUGUGUAUGUGCGUGUGUGUGUCUGUGUGUAUACACAGGUGGACCAUUCCACUUUUUAGCUCCUAUUGAUGCACCAAAUGCAAGUGCCUCAUUUCUGUGCCAAAUGUUCGCCUUGGUCUUCAAGGACCUCCUUCCCGGACACACACUGGUAUAGCUCUUAGAGGGAAUGUACCAUCAUUCCCACAGGCCCUGAUGUCUUCCACAGAGGCGUCUAGCAUUUCAGUUAUUCACCUACAGGUAGAGUCCAGACAGGAGGAGCUAAAAUUUUUGCUCCUCCACAUCCUGUGAUCAUUUAUAUGCAGUCGUGACCCAAAGACCACAGGCCAGGUCCCUUCCCCUUCUGCUGGAGGGAGAGAGGGCCUGAUUUGAAAUGAGCAGGGCAGGGCUGUGGCACUGAGCACAUAGCCUGCUGGUUAAUUAGAGACGUCCAGGCCACCCAUGAAGGUCAUCGUGGAAUGCAUUCAAAAAGUUACGCAGAUUUGCUUUUUAAACUGACUGCCGAGUAUGACUUUUAUUCCAGGUAAAAGUGGUAAAGGGUAUAAAGGAAUUUGCUCUGAGCAGUUGACUCCCUCUGAAGAGCUACAGUUGCAUAACUUCCUAGGAGCUGGUAGAACAGGGUUCUUUCUUUCUCUGUAUGUGACAAAUGCAUUCAACAUAGCAAGCCGAGUCUGUACACCACAGACCAUGCCCUUACUGUGUGCUCAGAAACCUGGAGAAGGAACAUCAUCCAAGUGUUUUGCCCCCAGGGCCUCAGGAACUCAGUGAUGUCCACCACUUCUGGUAAAUAGCUAGGGACCUAUUAACCUGUUCAUUAAACGGUCUUAUAUUCUCCAGUGUUGGGCUGCACCCAUGUUAAAAGCCACACUGCAUUUAUUCUCAGUGUCAAAGACCUUGUAAUGUCUCUUUAUCUGCCUUACAUGUUAGUGAAUAUUUUUACUAUUACAUAUUGUAAAGAAUAUAUAUCCAGUAUGUAAAUGAAUGUUCUAUAAAUCCUUUGUAUAGUCAUUUUCUCUGCUCUUAAAAUAUCAUCACUAUUCAGAGUAUAAUAAAAAUUAUGACCUUGGUAA